AAGAUUAAAACUAACCUAACCUAGUAAAUCACUGAUAAUUGCUGAUAAUUUAAAAUUCAUAUUCAUAAAAAUGUUUUAUACUAAAACUGAAAAUAUCUAUGGCAAAUCGUAAUCGUAAUAAACAUUUAAAUACAAAAUAUGAAUCAUAUGAAUGACAGUAAACUACAAUUCAAGGGAGGUAACCCAGGUGCUGUACAGUUUGGAAAUUUUAUAAAUUACUAUCAAUUCCAUUCUCCAGAUGAUCGCAUCACUUUAUUACCCAAAUAUAUUUGGGACCAACAUAAACCACUUGUUGCUUUGGAUAUUGGCUGUAACACUGGGAAUCUAACUAUAGCUUUAAAGGACUUCUUAGAGGAACAUGUUUCAAAAGAUACUUCAGUACUGGCUGUAGAUAUUGAUCCUGUAUUAAUAGAUCGAGCAAAGGAUGUUAAAACCAAUAAUAUAAAAUUUGAAUGUUUAGAUAUAAUGGAUGAAACAAAAAGCAAUGCUAUCAUAAAUAGCUAUCUUCAAGAUCAUGGUCUUAAGAGAUUUACGGCACUGUUUUGUUUUUCCACAACAAUGUGGAUCCACCUAAACCACGGCGAUUUGGGCUUAAAGAGAUUUUUAAAAUAUAUUAGUACUAUUACGGAUAUGAUUAUAGUUGAACCUCAACCCUGGAAGUGUUAUAAAACUGCUGUGAAAAGAAUGAAGCAGAAGGACUUUGUUUUUUCAGAAUUUUCUAAACUUAAAAUGAGGGAAAGUGUGGAAAAUGACAUUCAGGAGAUAUUAGUCAAAGAGUGUAAUAUGAAAAUGGUAGUAGAAAGUGAAAGAACUACGUGGGGCAGAAAGUUAUUAAUAUUUAUACAAAAAUAGAUACAAUUAUGUAUUUUUUAAUAAAACGAAUAAUUUGUGAUAUGAUAAUACUGUUUAAAUCUUAGGUAACAUUGAACGUGUUAAUGUGUCAAGUUGGAUAAUAUAUUUUUAUACAAGGUG